CUGAUGCUUCUGCGAAUGCAUGGCACAAAGCGCCUCCAAUUACUUUAAUAGUGCAUAUGUGUAAGAACAUGCAAGGCAACUUUGUUGCGCGGGCGCCCUCGUUUCCUGUGGUUACCAAGUUGGUCCCCACGGGGAACGCGCCGCGGCUCGCGUGAAACGCGUUUCCCGGCAUACUGAACAUCAACCCAUCUUUAUUCAAUUCACAACCUCUAAGUUCUAACGUACUUUAUUCACCAAGAGCCAAUUUCGACCUCCAAAAUGGGCGAAGACACCCCAGUCGCCGACACUGGGUCUCUUGAUAUUGACCCGUCUGUGUUCCUUCCUCCAAGCAUCGACAAAACCCGACUCCUCUCGGGCGAAUCCUACGCAUAUUUCUCGCCAGCGCCGCCGGCAGUCCCAACACAAAAAUCUUCAGAUCCGGACUCCGAUUACCUAGUCCUUGGCGUCGAUGAAGCCGGCCGUGGCCCCGUCCUCGGUCCCAUGGUCUACGGCGCAUUCUACCUCCCCAAUUCUCUACACCAUUCCCUCCUAGCGAAGGAGUACAGCUUCAACGAUAGCAAGGUUCUUACAGCGGGUGUUAGGGCAAACCUCACGCGUAUUCUAUGCACACAAGGCUCACAUCUCUACGAGUCAUGCGGGUGGACGACAAAACUUCUUUCUGCUAGAGACAUAUCAUCGGGGAUGAUGAGGCCUGCAGCGGGCGUGGGUGGGGUGUAUAAUCUCAACGCUCAGGCGAUGGAUGCGACAAUCGAGUUGAUCAGGGGCGUGGUCGAGGAGAGAAAAAUGAAUGUGCGGGAGGUUUACAUUGAUACAGUGGGAAACCCGGCGAGCUAUCAGAAGAAGUUGGAGAUGGUGUUCCCUUCACUGAAGAUUACGGUUGCUAAGAAGGCGGAUUCGUUAUACCCCUGUGUCAGUGCAGCGAGUGUGGUGGCUAAGGUUACAAGGGACGUUGCGUUGGAGGUCUUAUAUGAGGCUUUCAGGGAAGGUAGUGGAGAGACUGGUGAUGGUUGGGGAAGUGGAUAUCCCUCCGACUCAAAGUGCGUGGGUUGGAUGCGAAACAAUAUGGACGCUAUCUUUGGGUGGGGGAAUGAGUGUCGAUUUAGCUGGGGUACAGCGAAGGAAAUGCUAGAGACCAAGGGAGGGGAAAUGGUCGACUGGCCUGUGGAUGAGGAUAACACACAGCUUAUGGAUUUCUUGCUGGCUUCCGGUAGUACGCUCAAAGGACUGGAGCGUGAACUUCGAGAGUGGUUUGGAAAGAAAUCAGCAGAAAUUUUAUAGGUACGUGAAUAAUGAUAUGAUACCCCAGCCUGGAAAGAAAAACAAAAAAAUUGGAAACCUUGUCAUGCUCAGCAGUAGCCGCCAUGACAAAUAUCUUAGUUUGUAGACAUGUCGAUAUUAAUGCGACAAUAGAGGUGGAUGGAAAAAGAUUAAUUAAAUCCGUCGGGUAUCUGGUUAAAGUAACAUGGUAUUCCAAAAGAAAUCUCCACCCAAAAAAGAAGAGUCAUUUAGAGUGUCGCAGUCGAAAAAUAAUAGUUAUCCCAAAGAUAUUCGUAGUCCUCAAUGAUGCUGCCCACUAGAUCAAGAAGUGGUUUACCCUUCAUCUUUCCUGUGAACCCUUUUAGUGUAGACCUAGUAAUGUUCUCAUAAAAGGCUCCCCGCAUCACCCACCAACCCAUCGACCAG